GCCGCAUGAAGAUCUUCUUCACAAAUGUAUUGGCCUACUUCAGUCAGAUCCACACAGUAAUGGAGUCAGGCGGGAGCCGUAAGCUGGUUGUUGCCCCAAAGUAUGCUGCAGUGUGGGAUGAUGUGGCAGAGUUGUGGUUCUUGGCAACACAAGCAUUUGGAUCAUGUAUCAGCAUCUACCCUGAACUAUUAGAGCCAGUUCUCACCAGUGAAUGGCUACCAAAACUUGUUAAGGAGGUUGCCAUGACAACGGACUCAAAAACAGACUCGGAGAUUAAUGAUGUGUACUUGACUUUGUUGAGUCAACUGUCAAGAGGUCAUCCAGAGGUCAAGGAGGUGAUAUUGACCAAUGGUGGUUUACAACUGGCCAGGUCAUCAGGUUGUGCUGAACUUGAAGGAGCUUUGAGUUGCGGAUGAUGUUUGUUUUGUGGCCAACAAGAAUAACAGCUGAAUUUCAAUAAUUUGCACGUUAAAUUUUUGGUGUCAUAGCCUUGUCUGCUGAAUUACUAUGUAGUCUACUUUGAUUCUCAGCUGGUAACAAUGGCGUUCCCUUCAUAUUAGAUGCAUCUACAUGUAUUUUCCUAAUAAAUAUAAA